AUGGGAAUGACAAAACAGAGCAAGAGCAAUGGCGAAGGCUGGGGAAUGGGAUUCCUCCUAGUUUUCUUCUCCGAAGAAGAUGAAAAUCAAGAAUCCAGCAACCGAAAAUCCAACAAUCUCAAUCAAUUCUCCCCUUCUCCCUCCUUCACCCGCACCAAUUCAUCCCAAAUCAUCCACAAAGCCCAAUCCACAAUCUCCAUCUGCCUCCUCCUCCUCUUCACCUCUCUCCUCCUCUUCACCCUCUCCACCCUCCCCUCCGCCACCUCCCGCCGCCACCUCACCUCCCCCUCCAAUCUCUCUCAUGCAUUGCAAGGAAUGGGCACCCUCUACCGCCGCGGCACCAGAGCAAUGACCGAACUCGUCGUCGCUCACGCAGUCGAGUCGCUAACUCAGAACGAGCUGAAACUCUUCCUCCGCCUCUUCCACCGCUCCCCCCUCGCCUCAAAAUCCGAUCUUUUGAUCAUAUUCCCCUCCAAUUCCGCCGCCCACGACGCCGCCAUCCUCGAAGAGAACGACUCGUUCCUCAACCUCCUGACUCGGUACCAAUCCAGCAACAUUUCUCUCUCAUCACCGAGUUUCGAUGUGGCCCAGUUCACGAAACUCACCAAGAGGGAGAAAGAAAUCGGCGAGCCCAUCUGGGGCCGGAAAACUCGCAGGAAUUCCACUGGCGCCGCCGAGUCGACUCGGCUGAGUUACGGCUCGGUGGCGGGUUUCGACGUGGAGGAACUCGACCCGGAGAACUCGCUAUCCGGGUUCCUGGAUCAUGUUCCGAUGAAUUUACGGAGAUGGGCCUGUUACCCGAUGCUAUUGGGCCGGGUCAGGAGGAAUUUCAAGCACGUGAUGAUAGUCGACGUGAGGGAAUUUUUAGUACUCGGAGACCCACUCGGCCGAGUCAGGACUCAGGGGGCCGAGUCAGUCCUGGUCAGCGCGGUGGGCAAACACGGGAAGAGAAACUCGGAGAGAACUCACCCGGUCCGGGUCCACUCGGGCGUGUUGAUGGGCGGGUCGAGAGGGAUUAGGAGAGUAUGCAGCAAGAUGCUGACGGAUAUCGUCAGGGCUUCGAUGCAGCAACAGCACAGGAAGAAGAGAAACUCGGUGGCCGACGCGGUGCUUUUCAACCAACUCGUUCAAAACGACAACGUUUUGAAGGAAGUGAAGUUGAUGGUGUCGACGGAGUCGAUGCCCGAGUUGAGUUCACUCGGCUCGAAAUCGGGUUGGCAUAAUUUGUUGAAGAGUAAUAAUAGUGAUGGGUUGAUUAGGGUUGGAAAUCCCAAUUUGGAUGUUAAUUCCCAGGUAAUGAAGCAAUUAUGCUCGUUUGCUGUAGAUUCUACAGUUUAUAGUGAUUGUCAGUAG